AGCUUCCGGCUUCCGGCGGAGCCCUUGAUCGUCGCGCGUAACCGUCAUGGCAGCGGAGGAGAAGGACCCCCUGAGCUAUUUCGCGGCAUACGGGAGCAGCAGCUCAGGCUCCUCGGAAGAGGAGGAUAACAGCGAGCCGGAGGACAUGAGUCGCAGGGCUCUGGAUGCGGGGAAGUCGGCGAGCGGCUGUGGGAACAAGAUGGAGAAGCGGCUGCCGGGACCCGACGAGCUGUUUCGGAGCGUGACUCGCCCGGCCUUUCUGUACAAUCCGCUCAACAAACAGAUAGACUGGGAGAGGCACGUCGUCAAGGCGCCUGAGGAGCCUCCAAAGGAAUUCAAAAUAUGGAAGUCAAACUAUGUACCACCUCCGGAAACCUACACCCCCGAGAAGAAACCACCCCCUCCAGAACUGGAUAUGGCAAUAAAAUGGUCAAACAUAUACGAGGACAAUGGUGAUGAUGCCCCGCAGAACGUUAAGAAAGCUAGGCUUCUGCCAGAAGGGGAGGAGACGGUGGAAUCAGAUGAUGAAAAAGAUGAGCAUACUUCUAAAAAACGCAAAAUAGAACCAGGAGAACCAACAAAGAAGAAAAAGUAGAAAACAACAAAUAACAAGAAUUUUUGGACUGCAAAACUUAUUGAAAUGGUUUUUUUGGCAGAUAAGUUGAUACUGUAAAUUACUAGGAAACAGCAUCUCCGUGACAGUACAUGUUAAUUAACUAAUAAGUAUUGCUGCAGGAACUUUCCACUGUAGAAUUCACUUUUUAUUUAAAACUUAUAUGUAUUUAAACUCAAAUGGUGACUUGUGAUGGUGAAAUUGACAACACUUGGAAGCAUUCUUGCUAUCACAGAAUUGGUGGCAUGUGUUUUGUCACAUGUUGACAUGCCAAUGUUCUAUGAACCUUUUAUAAAGGAAUAUAUUUUUAAAGUAAAUAUAUGGUAACGUCCUGUGAACUUGUAGGGUGCUUUUCAACAGUGUUUGUACAGUGUAAAUAGAUCAUGGAAAUAAAAUUACUUAUUCAGUAUUACUGUUACUGCAUAACACUAACAUUUGAAUAUUUGUAUGUGACACCCUCUUUGCCAUGUGAUGUUUUAAUAGUAGGUAUUGCCAUUUAGGGAGUGCCUCCUCUUUUCCAGGUGCUUUGUGCAUAUGUGAUAUCUGGGCCUCAGACAGCCUUGUAAAGUAGGUAUUAGUAGCCUCACUUUAUAAUAAAGAGAUUAAUUUAUCCAAGGUUACAUAGCUAGUGAGCAGUGAAUCUGGGAUUUAACUCAUGAUGCUUGAACUCUAAAAUCAACACACUAAACCACCUAUCCACCAAUCAUAAUUUAGGAACUAUAAUUGACAUCCCUUCCAGGAACUAUAAAAGACAUCCCUUCUUCUGUGGUAGUUAGUGGAGUUCCUUGCCUCACCUGAUAGUAUUACUGCACUUAUAUAUGCCUUAGAUUAUGAAAAUUCAUUAAUUUCCCUGUUUAAUAGAAGUUUGCCUGAAGAUAGGGAUCUUCUACAAAGACUUGCUAGAUGUCACCAAUAAAAAUACAGGACACAGUUAAGUUUGAAUGUUAGAUAAACAACAAAUAAUGUUUUAGUAUAUGUAAUAUUUGGGACAUACUUAUACUAAAAAUUUGUUUAUCUGAAAUUCAAAUUUAACUGAGCAUCUUGUGUUUUAUCUGACAACCCUACUUCUGUGUGUUUUCUGUACCCAGGCUCCUUUGCAUAUAAUAAUAAGAAAAAUCAAUAAUGUUGUAGUCAGGAAGAUAAUCUUUGAUUUGACUUCUACAGUCCAAAAUUCAGUGCCAUUAUUUGUAACAUUUAGAACAAUAUAAAGAAAUACAGUGCAUCAAUCUGCAUGAUUCUUAUGCCUUUAAGAGAUAAGGUUUAAUUACAGGACACUACAUUUAGUGUAUAAGAAAAAGACAUUGUUCUUUAAAAAAAAUUUCUUUCAAAGACUCAAAAGUCUUUGAGUUAAAAAAAAAUCCCAGUCCUGUUGUUUCUCCCCAUGCUAGAAGCCAACAUUUGAAAAACUAUAAAAUCUGUUUAGUUGGGAACGUGAUCAAGUAGAUUAAAAUUUGUAAAAGUCAUUAAAAGUGUGCUAGCCGUGGUGUUUUGUGGAAUGAGGAAGGAACAUAAUAGUAUGAUGGCUUCUAGUAUAACUCAAACACUAAAGCCAAUUCUACAGCUGCUUAUCCUCUAGGUUUAUUAAUAACGUAUGUUUCCCAAAAUCGAAGUAAUUGAUAAAACAAGUCUUUAUAUGUGAAUAGUUUGAAGGGCUAUAGUAUCAUAUACUAGGGAGUGAUAUCAACUGGUAAAGUAUGACCCCAGUGUCACAUCAAACCAAACAAAUGGAAUUCUUGAGCAAGCUCUUAACCAACUGAGCUACUCGGCCUGCCCCAACAAAUGGAAUUCUAAUUAUGAGGUUGUGAUUCUGAAAUUGAGAAAUCUAUAGUCUGGAUGCAUAUAUUGGUGAAGCAGAUAUCUCAGAAGUUACUGAAAUAUUAACAAGAUUUUAAAAAAUUGCAUGAAAGCAAACCAUAACACACACACAGCCCAGCAAGCCACUGUCUGAAAAUCUUGAACCUCUUUUUACCAUCCAUUGGUUCAAUUCCCAGCUUAUACCACUUAGUUUAAGACAGAACAAAGUUCAUUACAUCUAAGUCCCCAAUGGUGCUUUGAGCCUCCUUUCUAGAAGGUAACAGAAGAAUGGAGGGGAAACAUACUGCAUUUUUUUUUAAGGGGGUGUGUGUUUUGAUAUUUUAGACAGGACAGGUACUGGCUACCCUUGUGAGAUUAUUAAACAGUUGCUGAGGGAUGUAUACCUAUGCUAGCACAGGUCAAGCUGGUUUUAGGAGGCAGGGGAGAGGGUUUAAAGAAGAAGGCUAAAUAUUUUGGAGUAGUUUCACUCAGCCUGCUCCAGGCUGCUCCAAAUCUCGGAGUUUUUUUUCUAAAUAAGGCCUAAUAAUGGAAGGGGAAAUGAACUUGCUUAAGUAUUGCUUCACCUUCCACAGAAAUAUCCCUGAUUGGAAAGUGAACUUUAAUGUCACUUUCCACGUCUGUCAUCACAUUAGAGAGUGAAUUCUUUUCCCCUCAAAGAUGUCUUAGGAACAUGUUUAAGUGUGCAUGUGGGUACUGAGGUAAAGAGCUGUUUGGUUCAGCUAGUGAAAACCCAGUGAAGAAUUUUGUAAAAAUCCAUAUAGACAAAGAAAACCCUCUGUCCAAAUUGCUUCCUUUGUAGAGAAUCAAAUCGCUUGAUAUUUCUGAUUGUUUUCUCAUCUAUAGGAUAAAUCAAGUCACAUUGCACAGCCUUUUGUACAAGGAUAAAAUUUAAGAAAACAGCAUUUGUGGGCCACAUUUUAAAAUUCAAAGAGUAAAUAUCUUUAUAGAGUUUUAUGGAAAACAUUCUAGUUGGAAUUAGAACAUUACUGAGAAAAUUAACACUGCUUUUUAGCCAUUAAAAUACUAGUAUCUGGACUUACUUGCAAACUUCAACUUUCUCAUCUUAAUUCUUAAUGCCCUAUAGUGUUUUUGAGUUCACAGAGUUCAAUCAUAGAGUAGUAUUUUAUUUUUCAAAAACCUAAUGAAGUAGGUUUUAUCAUUUCCAUAUUGGACAAUGGAAAAUAGGCCCACCAGAUGAAGCAGUAUACCCACAGAUGCACUGUGCGUUAGCUUCAGAGCUCAGGCUAGAAUCUGUAUCCCGUUCCAUGCCAGAUUUAUGAAGGACCUUUUGGCGCAAAGCAUUGUGUUAGGAACAAAGGACCCAUCUUCAUUUUAGCAAAAUCUCAUUGCUAGUCAUGGAGAGGAUGGAUACAUAGGGUGCAAGUCAAGUCAGAAAGACCCGUUGGCAGUAGUCCAGUAGAGUGAUAACGUGUCUGAAUGAACUAAGGCAUUGGGAAGAUAAGGAAUAUGAGAAACUGAUAGUACUCAGUUGGAUAUUAUGGCUGAGAGGUUUUCUUUUAUUGCAAACUUUUUAAAAUAAAAUAUGAAUGGACUAGUGCAGGUUUGGACAUGACCUACAUAUAAAACAUGUUCCCACAUGAUCAAGUUAAAUACAAAGCCCUACUGGAGAUAUUUGAAAGCUGUAAUUAUUCUUACAUGUAUCUGAAUGAACAACUCAGUGAAAAACUGACUAAAUCCACAACUGGACUUUAAAAUGUAUCAUUGGUGGUAUUUUGGAUUUUAGAGUUUUGUAUCCAUACAGAACUGCUCUCCUGUCUUAUCCAUCUGUUAUCACUUAGUACAGAAGUUCCUGACAGUCCGACAAAAAGGUGUUAAAUUACCAGCAAAUGUUUUGGACUUUUCAUUAAAUUCUAAAGCUUUCUCUCUUCAUCUCCUUCCCUUUAGAUAGUUUCCCCAGUUUGAAGCAUCACAUUUGCAUUUUAAUGCAGGAAAAUAAAAGAUACCAAGAAUCACUUGUAUGUACAGUCCCCAGAGGAGGGACUUUUUGCUGUUUCGUUCAUUGACUAGAAAAUUGCCUGGCACCCAAUAUAACUGCUAAAUGUUGGUGGUAAGCUGCAUUUCUCACCCCCAGCCUAGGGGUGAUCCAGAGGCUUUUGUUUUCAGUUACAUGGGCCAAUAAAUCUUGACAAUUUAAACCA